GAAGCCGCUUCCUACUGGCUCGUGACAUGUACGACACCAUCACAUGAUAGGUGUCUCGUGACGUCGUCUUGUAGUUUGUCAGCUGACAGGGAAUUAUUUGUUGUAGUCCAGAGUGGAACAGGUGAAUCAAGAUGGAUAUCCGCGGGGCGGUGGACGCCGCAGUGCCCACUAACAUCAUCGCUGCCAAGGCUGCGGAGGUCAGAGCCAACAAGGUCAACUGGCAGUCAUACCUACAGGGCCAGAUGAUCUCUGCCGAGGACUGUGAGUUCAUUAAGAAGUUUGAAGUGGCUGAUUCUGAGGGGAAACAGACCAUCCUCACCAACGAAGGGCAUCAGUGUGCCAGGACGUUCCUGAACCUGAUGGCUCACAUCUCUAAGGAGCAGACUGUCCAGUACAUCCUCACCCUAAUUGAUGAUACCCUGCAGGAGAACCACCAGAGGGUGAACAUCUUCUUUGACUACGCCAAGAAGACGAAGAACACUGCCUGGUCCUAUUUUCUUCCCAUGCUCAACCGCCAGGACCUGUUUACCGUCCACAUGGCGGCCAGGAUCAUCGCUAAGCUAGCAGCCUGGGGUCGUGACCUGAUGGAGGGAAGUGACCUCAACUACUACUUCACCUGGAUCAAGACCCAGCUCAGCUCCCAGAAGCUUCAUGGUACAGGUCCAGACUCCACAGGACAUGGCACUAUAUCCCCCAGUGACAGCUCCCAGUAUGUGCAGUGUGUGGCAGGCUGCCUCCAGCUGAUGCUGAGGGUCAAUGAGUACAGGUUUGCCUGGGUGGAGGCUGAUGGGGUUAACUGCAUCACGGCUGUGCUGAGUAACAAGUGUGGUUUCCAGCUGCAGUACCAGAUGGGUUUCUGUGUGUGGCUGCUGGCCUUCAGCUCUCAGCUCUGUGAGCAGCUACGCCGUUACAACGUGGUGCCGGCCCUGUCUGACAUCCUGCAGGAGUCUGUCAAGGAGAAGGUCACCCGCAUCAUACUGGCUGCCUUCAGGAACCUGUUGGAGAAGUCAGCGGAGAGGGAAACCCAUCAGGAGUACGCCCUGGCCAUGAUCCAGUGUAAGGUUCUGAAGCAGCUGGAGAAUCUGGACCAGCAGAAGUAUGACGAUGAGGAUAUCACUGAAGACCUCAAGUUCCUGCUGGAGAGGCUUGGGGAGAGCGUUCAGGACCUCAGUUCGUUUGAUGAGUAUAGUUCGGAGCUGAAGUCCGGUCGCCUGGAGUGGAGCCCGGUCCACAAGUCAGAGAAGUUCUGGCGUGAGAAUGCCGUCCGCCUCAACGAGAAGAACUACGAACUCCUCAAGAUCCUUACUCGGCUGUUGGAGGUAUCUGAUGAUCCUCAGGUUAUUGCUGUAGCUGCUCACGAUGUUGGAGAAUACGUCAGACACUACCCUCGGGGGAAACGGGUGAUCGAGCAGCUUGGAGGUAAACAGCUGGUGAUGAACCACAUGCACCAUGAAGAUCAGCUGGUCCGCUACAACGCCCUGCUGGCCGUUCAGAAACUCAUGGUCCACAACUGGGAGUACCUGGGAAAGCAGCUCCAGUCGUCUGACCAGCAGCAGCAACAGGCUGUGGCCGUUAGGACCUGAACUCUAACCCCUGACAACAGGCCAUGGCCGCCAGAAGCUCUAACCCCUGACCCCUGCAUGAAACCUACUGGGUGUCUGGGUCAUACAGACAUGUAGUGGGCUGUCUGAGUGUGUUACUGGCUGUCUGCGUGUGUUACUGGCUGUCUGCGUGUGUUACUGGCUGGCUGAGUGUGUGUCGUCCAAUGAAAUUAACAGUCCAGUUUAUGUCAUGAUGAGUUAAAAGGUGUGGCUCUAAUUACCUGUCCACUCUCCUGUUCUCUUCUCCUCUGUUCUCUACCCUUCUGUUGUCUCCUCUGGUCUCAUCUCCUUUCCUCUGCUCUCUUCUCCUCUGGUCUCUACCCUCCUGUUGUCUCAUCUACUCUCUUCUUCUCUGGUCUCUCUCUCUUCUCCUCUGGUCUCUCUCUCUUCUCCUCUGGUCUCUCUCUUCUUCUCUGGUCUCUCUCUUCUUCUCUGGUCUCUCUCUUCUUCUCUGGUCUCUCUCUUCUUCUCUGGUCUCUCUCUCUUCUUCUCUGGUCUCUCUCUCUUCUCCUCUGGUCUCUCUCUUCUUCUCUGGUCUCUCUCUCUUCUCCUCUGGUCUCUCUCUUCUUCUCCUCUGGUCUCUCUCUUCUUCUCCUCUGGUCUCUCUCUUCUUCUCCUCUGGUCUCUCUCUUCUUCUCCUCUGGUCUCUCUCUUCUUCUCUGGUCUCUCUCUUCUCCUCUGGUCUUUCUCUUCUCCUCUGGUCUCUCUCUUCUCCUCUGGUCUCUCUCUUCUUCUCUGGUCUCUCUCUUCUUCUCUGGUCUUUCUCUUCUUCUCUGGUCUCUCUCUUCUUCUCUGGUCUCUCUCUUCUUCUCUGGUCUCUCUCUUCUUCUCUGGUCUCUCUCUUCUUCUCUGGUCUCUCUCUUCUUCUCUGGUCUCUCUCUCUUCUCCUCUGGUCUCUCUCUCUUCUCCUCUGGUCUCUCUCUCUUCUCCUCUGGUCUCUCUCUCUUCUCCUCUGGUCUCUCUCUCUUCUCCUCUGGUCUCUCUCUCUUCUCCUCUGGUCUCUCUCUCUUCUCCUCUGGUCUCUCUCUCUUCUCCUCUGGUCUCUCUCUCUUCUCCUCUGGUCUCUCUCGCUUCUCCUCUGGUCUCUCUCUCUUCUCCUCUGGUCUCUCUCGCUUCUCCUCUGGUCUCUCUCGCUUCUCCUCUGGUCUCUCUCGCUUCUCCUCUGGUCUCUCUCGCUUCUCCUCUGGUCUCUCUCGCUUCUCCUCUGGUCUCUCUCGCUUCUCCUCUGGUCUCUCUCGCUUCUCCUCUGGUCUCUCUCGCUUCUCCUCUGGUCUCUCUCGCUUCUCCUCUGGUCUCUCUCGCUUCUCCUCUGGUCUCCUCUCUACUGACUGUAGCUUAAUUUCCUGCUUGUGGUUUAUUAAUGAUAUUAUGUGAAGUGUCCUCACAGCUAAGUGAUGUUAGUGAUUUGAAUAGUACUUGAUGUUGUGAUAAAUGUAAAAUUGAAGAAGUUACUUAUGUGUUAAACAUUAUGAGUAUGCAUUCCAAUAAAGUGUAAUCUAGAAGGA